AGGCUGACAGCAGUUUAUUUUGCUAUGGCUACAGUAAGUUUGAUUUUUAAUUCAUUUAUUUAAUGCACUAUUUUUAGUUCUGUUUAAGUUGUUGCAAGUGGUGUUCAGGUUAAAGCUCACUGCUUUGUAGCUGGAAGGGGCCGGUUUGUUAGUGCCAGUAUCUGAAACGCUGCUGUGCAAUAUCUGCAGGCACCUGUAGAUGGUGAUGCACUCUGCUCCAUGCCUAGGCUGCACCCCCUCUCAUCCACCUGGACCAGGGAAUUACCAGGAUGGACUCAUUCUAUUUAUUCUAUCCUUCUUACUUUGAUUUUUCUGGGCAUGUAGGAUAACCUUGAAAUCCUUUGAUUCCCAGAGCACUUCGGCUUUGGUCUCAGUUAGGAUGCCAAGAUAGCGGGCGGCAGCCUCAGCCUGGAGAGCCGAGCUGACUCACACGCUGCUCCCUUGUUUCUGCCUCUGAUUUUGGUGUCCCUUUUGAAAGGACACUGAGCAGCAGCUGCCAUUUGCUCUCGUGUCGGUGGCUGCACAACCCCAGCCGAACGGCCGGGCUACUUUACAAACAUUAUUUUCCUCCGUCGGGAGGCGGUGUCCGGGAGCUGCGGGCACCUCUCCAGCUCCUUCCCCUCGCGGCGGGCCCGGGGCGGGGCCGGAGCCUCGCCGGGCUCGGGGUUCGGUUCUGUGGGGCCGGGCCCGGCCCAGGAAGUGAGAUCAGCCCGGCUCGGGGCCAUCGCUGCUAUGGGCCCGGCCCGGCUCCCGGCCCGCCGCGGGCUCGGCUGCUGCGCGCUGCUUCUGCUGCUGCUGCUGGGCGGCUCGGGCAGCCCCGGCACCGGCCCGCGGCCCCGGGGCCCCUGGCCAGAGGAGCCGGCACCCGGCCCGGAGCGGGGGCCGUGGGGCACGGCCAGGUACGAGGCCGUGAAGAAGCAUUUGGGAGCUGUGGGUGCUCUCUCCAAGCAGUACUGGCAGUACUUGGCGUGCAAGGUGUGGCAGGAGGGCUGCGAGGAGGAGGAGAAGCAGCGGAGGAGGGAAGGAGAGGCCGGUCCCGUCCCAGGCUGGGGCUUUCCUCUGAUCGGCCGGGAUUACCUGGAGAUCCUCUCGGGCUGGUACUGCAGCUUCGGCCAGUGCUGCGAGACAGGAGACUGCAGGAUAACCAACAACAUCACAGGGCUGGAGGCAGACCUCAGUGGGCAGCUCCACGGGCAGCACCUGGCCAAGGAGGUGGUGGUGCGGGCAGUGCGGGGGUUCCUGCAGAGCCCCCAGCCCCGGAGGGCUCUGGUCCUGUCCUUCCACGGCUGGUCUGGUACAGGAAAGAACUUUGUGGCUCGGAUGGUGGCCAGUCACCUGUACCGGGACGGGCUGAAGAGCGACUGUGUCAGGGUGUUCGUCUCCCUCCUCCACUUCCCACAUCACAACUACGUGGACUCCUACAAGUUGUGCUUGCUGAGUUCUCCCGGGGCUGCUGACGCCCCUCCCUGCUGCUGUCAGGCGCAGCUGCAGAGGCAGAUCAGCGAGACCCUGCAGCGCUGCAGGCAGGCCCUGCUCAUCUUCGACGAGGCCGAGAAGCUGCAUUCCAGCCUCCUGGAUGCCAUCCGGCCCUUCAUGGCUCAGCACGACAGCGAGGGCCAGGAGGAUCAGCACAGAACCAUCUUCCUUUUCCUCAGCAAUCUUGGUGGCAACACCAUCAAUGAGGUGGCCCUGGACUUCUGGCGAGCGGGCCGGGCACGGGAGGAGAUCUCCUUGGAGCUCCUGGAGCAGCGGCUGCGGCUGGAGCUGCAGGAGGCUGCAGAGAACAGUUAUGCCCACAGCCACCUCCUCAGAGAGAAGCUGAUCGAUUUCGUGGUGCCAUUCCUGCCUCUGGAAUACCAGCACGUGAAGCUCUGCGCACGGGACGCCUUCCUGGCGCGGGGGCUCCCCUACACCGAGGCAACGCUCGACGAGGUGGCCCAGAUGAUGGUGUUUGUCCCCAAAGAGGAGAAGCUGUUCUCUGCACAGGGCUGCAAAUCCGUGCCCCAGCGCAUCAACUAUUUCCUUCCUUGACCACCAGGUGGGACCAUGCAUUGCUGAAGGUGGUUCUGCACUCUGGGAGCUGCUCUCUUCAUACAGGGUCAGAAGCAGAUGACCCAGCCAGGCACUUGCAGCAGGACUUAACAGAGACUUAAACCCCCUGUUACUCCCAGAACUGUUGCAGGGAAGGAGGUGCAUCCCUUACACCUGGGAUGUGGGGACAGCCUGUGCUCGGCUGCAUUUGGAGUCUGUCUGGUGUUUUAAGUCCCUUCUUUUAGCUGACAGUAGCCUGAAGGGCUGAUGUUGUUCUGCUGGCAGAUGCUGUUCCAUAUGAGUGGAGGCUGGGAAUGCCCAAGUCCUUGGUCUGUUGCUGUGUGGUGAAGGGAGGCCUUGGACAGGCUGGUCCUGUUGAGACUGCAUGGCUGAAGCCAUGUUCCUGUCCCCAGUUUUCUCAGUCACUUUAUAAGAUCACCCAGAACUGUUUUGCUUGAGUUUUUUGCCAUUUUUGCUCUCAUGCCUUUCUAAGGUGUCUGCUGCUGAGGGGCACAUGGGCCAGGAUGGUAGUCUGGGCAGGGAGAAAAGGACUGAAUAAUCUCCUCUGGAGAUGCCAAAUCCAUAGCUCUCACCUUGGAGUGUCCGCCUCUCGCUGGAGUCUUCUGUUGUAUGGAAACAGCUGCUGGCGUCAGGGGAACUUCUGCUGCAGAUAUUUUUCUGAGUGGGUUGGUGAAGAGCCCAUUUUCUUCACUGCAAAACCAAAAAGGGGAGAGAACUCCCCUGCCAAGGGCAGAGGGCAGAUGAGGAGGAUGGCUGAAGCAUCAGGCUGCAGUCAAAUGAGUUUUCAUGGAUGCAGUAAAAGCUUGGGUUUUUUCCUUCUUUUUUUUUGGUUUUUGUCUUCAGUACAUUUCAUGCUUUGUUUUUUUGGCUGGUAUCAGCAUUAUUAUUAUUACUAUUACAAGGGGCUGUUUGCUGUCUGGGUAGUCACCAGAUGAUAAGUGCAGCAGCUCCAAAAAAUUUCAUCAGUGUUAUGGGAAUCACUCUGUGACCUCUGGGUCAAAACUCCCUUCCAACAGGGCUGUGCUGGCCAGGAGUGAAACUGCACCUGCCAAGGACAGGGCCUGGCUUCCUGGCCACCCCACAAGGGAGACCUUUGGUCUAUUUUAAGCUUUGACCCAUUUUGCAGUGCCAGUGAUGAGCAGCAUGACCUCUGGGAAAGAUUGACCAGACAGACACGUCAGGGCCCCGCUGACUUUGAUCCUGCUUCCCUCGGGGCACGCUGGCUCUCUUAUCUAACAUGGCUCCAUAGUCCAAGGCAGAGAUGAGCCAGCUCACUCCCACUGCUCAGCCAGUGCAGGCAGCUUAACUCAGCUGUGUGGAAUGGACCUUCAGGCUGUGCCAGCAUGUGUGAUCAGGCAUUUCUGAGACUUGGUUUAUGGUUAAUUUCCAGUGUCAGAAACCUAGGAAGCACCGGGGGCAAUGCCUCCAGUUGUGGCAGGCAGGCUGCUGCCUCACAGGACACAACUUGGGUUGUUUGGUCACCUGGGCAGAAAGUUUAGCAAGAUGUUUGUUGAAGGUUAGUUACCAAAAGGGUGUGUGUAAGCCAGGGUAACAUGGGAUUUUUUCUAAAUGUUGAGAAGUGUUCAGCUGGGCCAGGCUGCCACAGGUGGGGUGGCAGGAGGUCAGUGGGGGACUGGUUUGAGGUGGGCAUGGAGCAGCUCUGGCUGUGGCUGCUGAGGGAGGUGACAGUGAUGAGGGCGAGGCCAGAGCUGCACUCUGCUGGGUCACGAGUGUCUGUCUCACACCUGGCUGAGCUCUGAUCAACCCUACAACAGCAGGAGCUGCUCUCUGACCACACCAGGGCAACAGUCUGCUUCUAAAUACAUACUGCAUAAAUAAAGAUACUGCUUUUUUUGCAA